UCUAAAAUUUGAAAACAAUUAAAAUCGAAAUCAAUUUAGAGCUGUAAUAAGUAAUUAAACUCAUUUAAGGAUGGAUAAUAACAAUCCUGAUAUACAUCGCUUUCCACCACCAAUGCUACCACCUCCUAAUUUACCCAAUAUUCCUAAUAGUUGGAUGAAUGACGAUGAUUUUCCACAUUUCGAUCAACAAUCAACAAAUCAGCCGCCUCCUCAGCAGCAACCACCACAACCAGCCUUAACUGAGGAUGCAAAAAAGAAGCUUCCUCCACCUUUAAUGUCAUUGAAAAUUGAUAAGCCAGGUUCGAAUGAGAAAUCCGAAUUAGUGCUACCAAAAGCUUUAGAAGAUGCUUUAGCUUUAACAACACAAAGAAUUCAAUUGAAUGAAACUCCGAUUCAGCAACAAGGUCAGCAGUCGGCCAGUGAUUUUUAUGACAUUGAUGAUGAUAGCGAUGAGGAUCAAAACACAUUGCAAGAAACUUCACGAAAUGUUAAAAAUCGAAAUGAUAAAAACAAGAAAAAGAAAAAUCGUAAGAAGCUUAAUCGUCAGAAACGUUUGGCACAGCAGCAAGAGAAUCAAGAAAAUCGAUCAGUUGAAGAAAAAGAGCCAGAAGUUGUAGAAAAAGAGAAGUCAUCAAAGAAGAAACAUGAAACUGAUGAAAAAGUUGAGAUUGAAUAUGUCCCGGAACGAAUAACAGUCGCCGAUUUAGCUCCAAUGUAUCGUCAGUUCUACCGAGUUUUUGAAAUUUUCAAGUUGGAAAACAAACCAAAAGAAGCUCCACUUCCAAUUCAAACAGCUGAAGAAGUAAAAGCAGCAAAAAAAGCAGCCGAAAAGAAUGAGGAUGAUGAAGAUGAUGAAUUCGAAGAGAACGGCGACAAGAAAGACGACAAAGACAAAUUAUCGAAACGAAAACUUAAAAAAUUGACACGUUUGAGUGUAGCUGAGUUGAAGCAACUUGUAAAUCGUCCAGAUGUUGUAGAGAUGCAUGACGUUACUGCUCGUGAUCCCAAACUUCUCGUUCAACUCAAAGCACAUCGCAAUACUGUCCAAGUACCACGCCAUUGGUGUUUCAAACGUAAAUAUUUGCAAGGAAAGCGAGGAAUUGAAAAGCCGCCAUUUGAUCUUCCAGCAUUUAUUAAAAAGACUGGGAUCAUGGAAAUGCGUGCAUCACUUCAGGAGAAAGAUGAAGCUAAAACCUUAAAAGCAAAAAUGCGCGACAAGAUUCGACCAAAAAUGGGUAAAAUUGAUAUCGAUUAUCAAAAGCUCCACGAUGCUUUCUUCAAAUGGCAAACAAAGCCAAGAAUGACAAUUCAUGGCGACUUGUAUUAUGAAGGAAAGGAAUUCGAAACAAGAUUGAAGGAGAAGAAACCAGGAGAUUUAAGUGAAGAAUUAAGAACGUCGCUUGGCAUGCCGAUUGGUCCAAGUUGUCAUAAAAUUCCACCUCCAUGGCUCAUUGCGCAACAACGUUAUGGUCCACCACCAUCAUAUCCAAAUUUGAAGAUUCCUGGUCUCAAUGCUCCCAUUCCUGAAGGUUGUUCAUUUGGUUAUCAUGCUGGGGGUUGGGGAAAACCUCCCGUCGAUGAAUCUGGCAAACCUUUAUAUGGAGAUGUCUUUGGGACGAGUCACUUGGAUAACGACGGUGGAGUUGGAGAUGAAGAAAUCGAUCGAACUUUAUGGGGUGAGUUGGAAUCUGAAUCGGAAGAAUCUUCUGAAGAAGAGGAAGAAGAUGGUGAAGAUUUGGCUGGUGUUCCUGAUGAAACUGGGUUGAUUACACCGGCGGGAUUAGAAACACCUUCAGGUUUAACUUCUGGAGUGCCUGCUGGAAUGGAAACACCAGAUUCGAUUGAGUUGCGAAAGAAGAAGAUUGAAGCUGAGAUGGAAGAUAACGAAACUCCACUCUUGUAUCACGUUAUUCCUGAGAAGAGAAACGAGAGAAUUGGUGGAGCGAUGAUGGCUUCGACACAUGUUUAUGAUAUGACAACAGCGACGGGCGCACUUCCACCUCAAGCAACAAGACGCACUGGAAAUGUAGAGCGUGAAGGAAUGGUUGAGUUGGCACUUAAUCCAGAUGAAUUGGACAUGGAUAACGAAGCAAUGGCACAGCGAUAUGAACAACAAAUGAGAGAACAGCAAAGUCAUCUACAGAAAGAAGAUCUUUCCGAUAUGUUGGCAGAACAUGUCGCACGUCAGAAGUCAAAACGUAAACGUCAACAGACGACGAGCACACAAAAACCGAAAGAUGAUUACAAAAAAUUCAAAUUCUAAUUUUUUCUUCUAUUUGCAUUUCUUUCUUAUGUAAUUUUUAAAAGUGUCAAUAAAAAAAAUAUAUAAGAAAUAUCUUGCUUGCCAUGUUGCAUC